UGGACAUUCUGAAAAAUUUUCUCGUACGAUGCACAUGCAAUAGAGUUUUUUUUGUAUUUUUUCUUAUUUUAGAGAUAAGCUUAUUCAAAAUUAAAUUCUAAAGUCUCGUCUAUUUUGGGUCUAAAUUCUUUGUGCGUGAAAAUGAGGGAAAUCGUCCACAUCCAGGCCGGCCAAUGCGGAAACCAGAUUGGGGCUAAGUUCUGGGAGGUGAUCUCCGACGAGCAUGGCAUCGACGCGACCGGCACCCACAAGGGCAACUCCGAGCUGCAGCUGGAGCGUAUCAACGUGUACUACAACGAGGCCUCCAGCGGCAAGUACGUGCCGAGAGCCAUCCUCGUUGACCUUGAACCUGGCACCAUGGACUCCGUGAGAUCUGGGCCUUUCGGCGAAAUAUUCCGCCCGGACAACUUCGUUUUCGGCCAAUCAGGCGCCGGGAACAACUGGGCGAAAGGACACUACACGGAAGGCGCGGAGCUUGUAGACUCGGUGCUGGACGUUGUUAGAAAGGAGGCGGAAGGCUGCGACUGCCUGCAGGGAUUCCAGCUAACGCACUCGCUGGGCGGCGGGACCGGAUCUGGUAUGGGCACGCUGCUUAUCUCCAAGAUCAGGGAGGAGUACCCCGACAGGAUUAUGAACACGUUCUCCGUCGUGCCCAGCCCAAAGGUAUCGGACACCGUCGUGGAGCCCUACAACGCCACCCUCUCGGUGCACCAGCUCGUCGAAAACACUGAUGAGACGUACUGCAUCGACAAUGAGGCGCUCUACGACAUUUGCUUCCGGACCCUGAAGCUAAACACUCCCACGUACGGUGAUCUCAACCAUCUGGUGUCAGCGACGAUGUCCGGAGUUACCACCUGUCUGAGGUUCCCCGGGCAGCUGAACGCGGACUUGCGGAAGUUAGCCACCAACAUGGUGCCCUUCCCGCGACUCCAUUUCUUCAUGCCCGGCUUCGCGCCACUCACGUCGCGUAGCAACCAGCAGUACCGAGCGCUGAGCGUCCCCGAGCUGACGCAGCAGAUGUUCGAUGCCAGAAACAUGAUGGCCGCCUGCGACCCGCGCCAUGGCAGAUAUCUCACGGUCGCCGCCGUCUUCCGCGGCCGAAUGUCCAUGAAGGAGGUGGACGAGCAGAUGCUCAACAUCCAGAACAAGAACAGCUCGUACUUCGUCGAGUGGAUCCCCAACAACGUAAAGACGGCGGUCUGCGAUGUUCCCCCGCGGGGACUCAAGAUGUCUGCCACGUUUAUAGGCAACACGACGGCCAUUCAGGAGCUGUUCAAGCGGAUUUCAGAGCAGUUCUCGGCUAUGUUCAGGCGGAAGGCUUUCCUCCACUGGUACACGGGUGAGGGCAUGGACGAGAUGGAGUUCACGGAGGCGGAGAGCAACGUCAACGACCUGAUCUCGGAGUACCAGCAGUACCAGGACGCCACCGCUGAUGAUGAAGGGGAUUUCGAAGACGAACAGCUAAUAGAGGAGUAGUCUUGUCUGUCGUUUGUUAGUGUCCAGUGCAAUAUGUUUUGUGAAAUCGUUUUAUUAAUAAAUACCAAAAAAUAUU